AUGGCGCCCGUUGUUACGGGGAAGUUUGGCGAGCGACCUCAGCGUUUGACAAGGGAGGCUAUGAGGAAUUACUUGAAGGACAAAGAUGAUCAAACGGUGCUCAUACUACAUGCAAAAGUUGCACAAAAGUCAUAUGGCAAUGAGAAAAGGUUUUUCUGCCCUCCACCGUGUGUGUAUCUGAUGGGCAGUGGCUGGAAGAAGAAGCUGGAGAGUAUGGAGAAGGAGGGUUGUACAGAGCAGGAGUCCCAGCCAUGUGCAUUCAUUGGGAUAGGCAACAGUGAGCAGGAGAUGCAGCAACUCAAUCUGGAGGGCAAGCACUUCUGCACAGCUAAGACGCUGUAUAUCAGUGACUCAGAUAAAAGGAAGCACUUCAUGCUGUCUGUGAAGAUGUUGUACGGGAACAGCGCCAACAUAGGACUCUUCCUCAGCAAGAGGAUCAAGGUCAUUUCCAAGCCCUCCAAGAAGAAACAGUCCUUGAAAAAUGCAGAUUUGUGUAUAGCUUCAGGGACUAAGGUGGCGUUGUUUAACCGUCUGCGCUCCCAGACAGUCAGUACCAGGUAUCUUCAUGUGGAGGGGGGAAACUUUCUUGCCAGCUCCCAACAGUGGGGAGCCUUCUUCAUCCACCUCUUGGACGAUGAGGAGUCUGAAGGAGAAGAGUUUGCUGUGAGAGAUGGCUAUAUUCACUAUGGCCAGACGGUCAAAUUGGUCUGUUCUGUUACUGGCAUGGCCCUGCCCAGACUGGUCAUUCGCAAAGUGGACAAGCAGGCUGCAUCGAUGGAUGCAGACGACCCAGUGUCCCAGCUUCACAAGUGUGCCUUCUACCUGAAAGACACAGACAGAAUGUAUCUCUGUCUGUCACAGGAGAGGAUCAUCCAGUUCCAGGCCACACAGUGCUCCAAAGAGACUAACAAGGAGAUAGUAAACGACGGGGCUUCCUGGACUAUCAUUAGCACUGACAAGGCAGAGUACACCUUCUAUGAGGGUAUGGGCCCCGUCCCCACACCGGUCACACCUGUCCCCGUGGUGGAAAGUCUGCAGUUAAACGGCGGAGGAGAUGUGGCGAUGUUGGAGCUGACGGGACAGAACUUCACCCCUAAGCUUCGAGUGUGGUUUGGAGAUGUGGAGGCUGACACCAUGUACAGAUGUGGCGAGAGCGUCCUGUGUGUGGUGCCGGACAUCUCCGCCUUCCGGGAGGGCUGGCGCUGGGUGAGACAGCCGGUCCAGGUCCCCGUCACGCUGGUCCGCAACGACGGAGUCAUCUACGCCACCGCCCUCACCUUCACCUACACCCCUGAACCGGGGCCGCGACCCCACUGCGGUGCCGCCGGGGCCAUUCUGCGGACACAUAGCACCUCUUCGUCAUCACCGGCGUCUUCAUCCUCGCCAUCGUCAUCGUUGGGCGGGCUCGCGGACGGCCACGGGGCUUACAACAGUAGUGACUCAGGCAUGUCGUCAGGGGCGUCGACCAUGUCGGUGCUGUCAUAGUAACAUUUGUUCUGUUUGUCAGCUUUGAAUGACUGAGUGAGAAAAACGUGUGCAUGCACUUGUGAGCCAAAGAGGCUUAUGGACCUGUGAAGAAUUGCACUCAAGACUCGGAAACUCUUCAUCAGAGAGCAACUGUGAUCAUCAGGAAUGCUAAAGACAAGCUGAAAGAGAAUACUCUACAGCUCCCUCUCCUGGUUUGUUGUGGACAUUGUCAAAUGCUCCACUCAAAGGACCUUGAUGUUCAAGAUCUUCACCCUAAAAGAAGACUAAUCUGCCACCUAACUCUCACAACAACCUGAUUUGUACAAGAACCAUCUUGUUUUUUUUUUUAUACGCCCGUGGGCUUGGAAGCUAUUUUCACUCUGCUCUCUUUCUACUGAGAUCAUGUUUUUACUGAAAAGCUUCAUCUGUUGUGUGCAAGGGAAAAAAAAUGUAAGAGUAACAUAGUUUUUACGGACCAAGGAAUAUUAUUAUAUUAUUUUAUUCAUAUUAUAUUUUAUAAGCUUUUGACCGAGGUACAUUUUUGACAUUUUUUUUGUAUGAUACUGCAUAGUAAGUUCACUUUUGUUACCAAAUAGAAUUCGUCAUGUUGUUGACUCCUUUUUGAGUUUUUGUCUCAAUCUUCUAGGUCACUGGGCGUAUCCCAAAACUUUUCCCUAACUUUUUUUAUAUCAAAGAUGACAUUUUUUGAUGAGUGUAGUGUAUGUGUGUGAUUAUUUGUAAUACACUAUCAGUUUAUUCUGGGAGACCAAGAAGGCCUGUGUUUUCUAAUCAGUGUGGUGUUUUUGUACCAGAGUAAAACGGUAAGAAUCAGUGCUUCUUUUUACCAUAGCUAUGUACACUGCAGUGCUUCGUAUUUCACACAAAAUAACAGUACUAAGUUUAUGUAAAUUACUACUAAGUCAAGGAACAAAGAAGGAAGGUCAAAACUAAUAUCUGUCUAGCCACGUUAAAGAUGUCAUUCUGUGCACGCCUUGUAGCUUGUUGUCGUCACAGUUCACCUAAACUCAGCAAUGUCACGUUGGGAUUGAGACUCGUUGAAUCUGGUUUUGUCAAAUAUGGCAUCUGACUGCAACUCAUUUUAAUACAAUCAGCUGUGGUUGUACUUUGAGUCUGAUGCGAUGAGGGGAUGACUUAUACGGAUAGAUUGCUAAAGGAAUGAGUCCCAAAACCCAGAAAUGAGUUAGCAUUUUAGCACUUCCGGUUCCCUCGUCUGGAAGUCAAUGGGUUUUUAGUUAAAUGUCUGAAAUAAGGUCUGUGGUUAACACAAGCUGAAGAGAUUUUAACCUUUUGUUCUGCGACAUAAAAUACAUCAGUAAAUAUCCCACUCGUGAAUUUUGAAGCCUUUAUGUGUCUUAAAAAAGGCGGUUGCUAACAAGUGGCUAAAUGAGACUGCUAAACGUCAUCGCGCCGACUCGUCCGUCUUUACAGCCUUGUUGUGUUUAUACUCACGCUCAUGUGACCGCGGUGUAGUUCAUCUACAAAGUGGUGUUCAUUUGUGGAGAUUAUCUUGCUGAACAAAACGUGUAAGUAUCAUAAACGUUUGUUUGCCACAGAGCUUUAUUUCUGUGAUAAUCCAAAAUCCAGUGUAAAAAUCCCAUUGGCUUUUUGUGGCGGGAACCAGGGCGAUGCUAACUUCCUGGUUGGCCUACAAAAAUACGUCAUCCCUGCAGCACUCAAUUCAAACUCCUAGUUUGUUCUGCCUCUCUACCUACCCGGUUCAGCAGAUUGAACAUACAAAUUUAACUUUGAACUGACUUACUAAACUAGUCAGGAACAUGUUGUUGCCUUAAAAACCACUAGUAUUUGUCUUGCUUAACAUUUCUCACCAGGCUUUUUGUAUCAUACUGUAUAUCAUGUUUCAAGUAAAUGUGGUAGGUUGGCCAGCUUACUGCCAGUUUUUCAUGACAAUUAUGUGAAUUGCUUAAUUUCUUGCACGUUUUCAGCAUGCCUAAGAAGUUUGUUGGUAUGGUUGUAUAAAGCGUAGUAUCAUAACAA